GACUGAUCUCCUUGGUAACAAACCAACAUAAAGGUAGCAGUUAAGCCAGACGAUUUGUGGAGCUUGUGAAAUUUUCUAGUUUAUACAUGGCAGACAGGAAGCAGAAGAACAAUCUUUCAGCUCUCAUAGAUGGAGUAGAAAAAGACCACAAGGCUGAAAUUCAACUUUACAUCUCAGGGCACCUCAACCCAAGUAAGCUUUACAAGCCAAAAAAAUCAAAAAAAUCCAAUAUCUGGGCAAGUGGCAAAAAAUCAGCAUGUGUCUUUACAAAAAAACCUGAAUUCACAACAUCCAGGAUAUUAACUGAGGUAACUGGAAAGACUACUUUGGCCAAUUUUAUUGAUGAUGCCACACCAACUCCCACCCGUGCCAAAUCUGCUGCUCGUUCAUAUUGUCGACCUCAGGCAUCCCAGGCAAGCUCUGGCACUCCAGUAAGUGCUUCUCUAGGUACCCCUCGAGAUAUACAAAGAAAGGAAACAGCUAAGAAAAUGGAUAAGGGAGCUGGUAUACUUCGGAAGCCACUUAUUAGAGAGGAGUUAGAUGUUCCAGAGCUGAAAAUGUUGAAAUAUAAACCAACUAUGAACAGUCGGCUUUGUGUCACAGACGGGACUAAAGAUGAAUACCAGUUCACUCCUUCCUAUUUAGCUGGUGUGACCAAAACAGACCAAUAUUACAAAUUUAUGCAAUUUCAGAAGGAUUUUAUUGCCAAGAAGGAUUUGCUAGAAAAUGACUUUAUUGGGAGCAAGUCAGCAGAGCACCAUGAAAAGAAGUUGGCACAAGCCCUCCAGAAUAUCUGUGAUUGUACCCGUCCCCACUUUAACCGCCUGCAAGCUAUUGGUGAUGUAUUUGAAGAUAUUUGCAACAGCUCUUUGAUCUUUGGUGACAUUCUGAAAGAAGUGAAGAAUGAAUAUGAGCUUUACAUAGUGAUCCUGCUGGAUUCUCUGCCUACACUGCAAUACAGGACCUUGCAGAACACAGUAAAAGGCAUGGAGAAGAGGACAGUGAAGACUCAUGAAAUUGUGGAGGCAAGGCAUGGUGUCCAGGCUCUUGUGCAGAAGUCCAAACAGGUCUUAGAAAGAAAUGAAGAACUCAGAAAUGAGUUAGAAAUUGAACUGUGGGUAAGUCAGUCUGUGUCUGAAAAACCAGCAUCUGAACAUGAACUGUCGAUAAAAGAGGAGGCACCUCUUUCCAGUGGUGAGCAUCUUGAAUCUCUGAGGUUACAAAUUCUCACCAAAUGGGAGGAGAUUCAACUAAUGGAAAAAGAAAUUAAAGACACUAUGACUUUUGCUGGCAUUGCUAGCAUCAGAGAGAAAACUGUUAAAGAAUUAGAGAGUGAAGCAGUGAAACUCGAGGCAUCUAACAAGUUCCUUAGAAAGCAAAUAAAGGAUGUUGAAACCAGUCUCAAUGUUACAUUAAAGAGGCAGAAGAUUACUCCAGAAAAUCAGAAGAGUUGUUGGGACUUGAUGAACAGUUUCUUGACACCUCCAGAAAAUGAAGAACGUUUAGAAAGUGUGGAAGAAGUAUAUGAGAAAACGGGUCCCAUUUCAACAUCGGAUAUGAACAUUUGCUCAUAGAAGAAAGGAUCCACAGUGUGAAAAAAAUUAUAUGAGAUUUCAGACUUUGUGUCUUUUAUGUUACUGGACAAAUGAGAAAGAAGUCUCAUUUUUUCCUAAUGUGAACCUGUAAUGAUGUUUCUGUUUGCCAUGUAAGUGGUAUUAAUGAAGGCUGGUUGUAGUUUUGAAAGGGAAUCUUCCACUAUAUUGGCACUUUGCUUUGGUAAAUCUGGGUUCUCUGGUGCAGUAAAUGCUUAAAGAGUUUAAUUACUUCUCUUUUAUCUGAGAAGAAAAUUAUUGGUAUUCUGAAGAUGUGGCUUGUAGUAAAAUAUGAACCAUUUCAUAUUUCAAACACAAUGAAACUCAUAGCAAUUUUACAAUGUCUUAGGUUGUAGUAGAAGCAGAAGAAUAUGCUUGAUUUUAAAGGUAUUUUCUUGAUAUGAAAAGUAGGCAUAGAUUUAUUUCUGAAGAUGUUAUUAAAUGUCACAUUAAAAAUAAUCA